AUGUUAGAACGUUUGUUGGAGUUAAUGCCAUUUUGUAUAGACCAUGCAAAUACAAAUGCAUUGUUAAAACUAAGUGUAAAUGAAUGGACAUCAAUUGAAAAUUUAGUAAAGUCACUUACACCAGUUAGAGAAGCUUCAUUGUCACUACAAAGACAAGAUAUCACAUUGGGUGAUUUUUACUGUACUUGGUUACAAACUCAAAAUAAACUUAAAAAUAUUGAUUCUACUGUUUCUAAUUCUAUUUAUCAAAUAAUGAUGGUUAGACAAAAACUGUUGCUAAAAAAUGAAUUAUUCUCUGCUGCUAUUUAUUUAGAUCCGAGAUUUCAAGUUCUUUUGGAUUAUUCUGAUAAAAAUAUAGCAAAAGAGCAUUUAACAAAAAUAUAUGAUUUAAUGAUUUCAAUGAAUACUGCCAUCGAUGAUAACCUAACCUUACAAGGUUUAAAUAAUUCUGAAGCAGAAGAAUUAAAUAAUUCUGCAGGAAAUGAUGAACCUGUAAUAGAAGAUGACUUUGAAUUAUUCAUUCUCAAUAAUAAUGAAACAGCAGUGCCCUUAGGAUCAAACAGUUUCCCUACUCAAGCACCAAUUCAACUUUUAUUAGAAUCGUUUGACAAUAUAUCUAGGGAACAUUAUAAAACAAAUAUUGUUGAGUACUGGAAACAACAACAAAAAUCUAUGCCUGAACUAUACAGAUUAGCCCAAGUUCUAUUAGCUGUUCCAGCAACACAAGUCAGUGUAGAAAGAAGCUUUUCCUCAUUAAAAUUCAUUUUGUCCGAUUUACGUACAAAUAUGACCGAAACUAUUUUAGAAGAUGUAAUGAUUAUAAGAGGCAAUAAGCAAUUUAAAAAAUGA